GUUUGAGCUAGCUAGCUUGCAGUUCCGUCCGGCCGGCCGAGUCUCCAUAAAUAGGACUACGGACGCACCUGUGUUUUAUCAGCUUCCAUAGAAAGUUAACUUACACACAAGUAGAGUCAAGUAGCAGCACCACUAGCUCGCUAGCAAUGGCCACCACACCCACCGAUGACCCCACCAUGGAGACCAGCGGCGUCGUCGUCUCCGACGUCCCCACCAUGGAGACCAGCGGCGACGUCUCCGACGUCCCGGCCAUGGCGACCAGAGUGGUCGUCUCCGCCAGUUUCAAAAUCACUCGUGGCCUCGGCGGACUCAUGGAGAACGCCAAGGUGAACGUGGGUAAGCUGUAUCUGCGCCAAAUAUAUUCGGGCUGGGACGCGAAUCAGUCAGACGUGAUACAGCCCCAUCCGGAGACAGGGCUAGGUAAAACUGGUGUGAGCAACUGGGCGAUCUAUGACGGCGCUAGCUCCAAGGCGAAACUGGUUGCCAAAGGGCAAGGCAUGUACACACAAGCCGGCAACUGGAACCAGUGGUUCACCCUGGUGUUUGAGGUGGAAAGGUUCGAAGGAUCCACUCUUCAGGUUAUGGGAGCAUCUAUUGAGGAUGAAGAAAAUGACUGGGCCAUUGUAGGUGGGACCGGUGAAUUCGAAAUGGCACGCGGUAUCAUCAAGAGAAGAGUAUAUAGUUUUGUAGGCAAUAGAUUAACACAAGAGCGCGCUGAGUCUUGAAUUCUUCUGCCGCAUGAAGGAGGUAAGCGUAACUAAUUUCAGGUCGUCCACUUUUGCGGUAUAUAUUAUGGCCUCAGAUCUGAUCACUUUGCAUUAUAUAUGUGUUAAAACAAAAUAAUAUUUGGGGUGCCAUUUGUAGCCUUUAGUUGCAUUUUUUGAAAUACUAACGCCACCAGAGAUGGUACAUUUAGCCCUUGUAAAUACAAACCCCACCGUGGGGUGUAAAAGGGGAAGAGGGAGAGGCGGAGGACUCACUCGUUUGGCUCCCUCCUUUAUUCCUUGGCUCUCUCAUUUUGUUGGCCUAAACCAACACUCGUGUUGCAUGGUCUUUUAUAUUCAGGUUGUCCCUGCACCUACAAAGAAAGGACCAUGGGGUGGAAAUGGAGGCUCCCUUUGGGAAAUGGAAGGCAAAUCCCAACGUCUAGAAAAUGUGACAAUCUACCAUAUUGGUGCUGUUGAAGGGAUUCAAUUUUCAUAUGUUGAUGAAGACGGGCAAAUCCGCACCACCGGUACUUGGGGUCGAGUACAUCCUAGUCCCUUGUACAAGACGGAGAUAAAGUUUGGCCCAUCAGAGUUUGUGAAGCAGAUCACUGGGGCUGCGAGACAUGGAGGCUGGCUGUCACAAUUUAAGAUCGUCACCAGCCACAAGACGUAUGGUCCUUUUGGAGUAGACGCCGGCGCUCCAUCAUUCAGCUAUACCGUGCGGGAGGAUGAGCUCGUGGUGGGCUUCUUUGCAAAUGCUGACACUUUCGUCCAAUCGAUUGGUGUUUGCACCAUCUAAAACAUUCAGUAUUCGACCCUGUUGCAGCCACCAGCUACCUGCAUGUUCCUUCUAAUCAUCAGAGUUGAUUUCCUCUAGUUUCCGCUAUUCGACAAAUAAAAUGGCUAGCUAACAAGGGUGCGUCCCCCUUGACUAUGCCUGUUGCAUUGUGAUGUUUCAUAAUCAAAUCGAUCGCGUAACAUCUUUCUUUUUUUUCCUUCGCAAUGUUCAAUGAUGUAAUCUUCAGAGAUUGUUUUAUUCAGAAUAAAACAGAUCCAUGUUAAAGUGUGGAAUGAGUAAUGACAUUCAUGUGUCAUUACUAUGGUGAAUUCUAAGGGAUGCGGUUGCCUUGUAGAUGUAUAGAUUUAAGUCAUUACUAUGGUGAAAAUUUAACCCUACUCACUGAUAUUCAAAAAUUUUAUGGGUGCAUCCGCAUCCACCACAUUACAUAUAGCUUCGCCACUGGGUUCAUCCACGGCAGUUGCAUGCCCAACAACCUGAGAGCAAUGUUCUCCAACACCCCCAUUCGAUCUUAGCCUGCCACAAAGUUAAGAUAUAUCGCUUCUGAACUUAUCGAGCUUCGCUGCAACAAUAGGCUUUGUAAAACCAUCUGCUAGUUGAUCUGCAGAAGCUAUAAAGCGAAUUUCCAAUAGUUUCUACUCGUUCUCUGACAAAAUGAAAGUCUAUCUGUUUGGAUCGUCAAAACAAAUUGAUGCUAGUGCCCACC